UUUUCAGUACGGUGACUUGUUACCGUUGGCAAUGGUGAUGCUGUUUGACUUCCAGCAGAGGAAGUUUCGGCUGCGUCAGUGUCCAGCUGAAGGAGAGCAGGAAGCUGUCCCUGAGGUCAGAGACCUGGAGAAAAGCCUGCAAAGGUGGAAGACCAAGCUGGCAGCCUCCCUGGCUUGCUUCAGAAUUAAACACAAUCUGCGGAGUGCCUCCUGUGUUCUGUCCGAUUCCAUCAGAGUUAAAGAGCACAGGGCUAAAUCCCUACCACUUUAUGCAUGGGUCAACACUUUACACACCAGCCUUGAUGAGGUGUGUGAGCUGCUACAUGGUGCCAACAUGAGUGAAGUAAAGCAAGUGGUUGACCUCACCGAUUCAACAUUUUCCAAGGACCCCCUCUGUCCAGAUACGCUAAUUUUCUCCCAAAACCUGUGUGUACCUCUCCAAAGCAGCAGCCUCACAAGCACACAUGUUCUGAACAUACAGGACAGGAGUGUGUGUGUGGCAGUGAGCGUUUUACAGCCUCUCCUUUUUGAGAAAGGCGAUGUCUUGGUGGCAGGCUCCUUCUCAGCUCUCACCCUGGCUCACAUAGCCGUAGCAGCCGCUGCUCGCUCCGGCCAAGUGUUGGUGUGCGGCGCUGACCACACGUCUUUGCAGAAUGAAGAGAUGAAGGCGCUGCUCUCAAAGAUGGACAUCAAAAAUGUCAAAGUCCUGCCAGAAGCUUUUUGCAGUUUGAAUGAGUCAAAUGCCACUGUAGAGAGACUAAAGGUCAUCAUAGUGUUGCCUCAGUGUUCUUCUUCAGCUCUCAAUGACCCAGUUGCCACAAUGUACAGUGAACAUGGAGACUGGAAUGUACUUCCGGAUUUAUCCCACGGCUCUGUCUCCAAAAGCAAAAUCUUCUCUCUGACCACCCAGCAGUCCAGACUGCUGGCACAUUCUUUGACCUUUCCAAAGGUCCAGACAGUGGUCUACUGCACCCGCUCAGUGUUUCCCGAGGAAAACGAACAGCUGGUUAGAAGAGUGUUGGAGCAAGCGCAUACUCAUCCAAAACUGCUGCCCUUUAGGGAGAACGGCCCGAUUUUCCCUGAUGACGCCACAUCGGGAGACAAAACAGAUUCCAAGUUCUUCAGGCUUCAGCCCUCUGAGUUCACCAACGGCUGCUUUAUAGCCAGACUGUCGCGGCAGGUGAGAGACAGAG